CUGUGUCGCCUGUAGAGGGCGCAAGCUUCUUUCUCGAUCCAGUCAACGUAUGCACGUACUGGGGUGAGGGUGUGGACGUACAGUACUAAAUUCGUCGGAGACAAGCUGAAUAAGUAGAGUAAUAACUUCAUUUAUCUUAGUUUUGUGGCCCUUAACCGAAAUAUCAGCGCAGAAAAGCCUCCUGAGAGCGUCUCGGUCCAUGUCAGGGGGCAGGGCUGAUGCUGGCCAGGAGUCCUCUCAUUCCUUCUGAUCACCUUCCUGGCCAUUCUCACCUUGAGCUGGCUCUCACAGCUGAAUCUUCAGAGUAGAAGAACACAGCAGAAGAUAUGGAUGACAUCUUUACUCAGUGCCGGGAAGGCAACGCGGUAGCAGUCCGCUUAUGGCUGGACAAUACAGAGAAUGACCUCAACCAAGGAGAUGACCACGGCUUCAGUCCCCUCCACUGGGCGUGCAGGGAGGGUCGCUCCAACGUUGUGGACAUGCUCAUCAUGAGGGGAGCGCGCAUUAACGUCAUGAACCGGGGGGACGACACGCCUCUUCACCUGGCUGCCAGCCACGGCCAUCGCGACAUCGUGGCAAAGCUGAUCCAGUGCAAAGCAGACACAAAUUCAGCCAAUGAGCAUGGAAACACACCACUGCAUUAUGCCUGCUUCUGGGGCCACGAUGAACUAUCUGAGGAUCUUGUGAACAGUGGGGCUCAGGUGAGCAUCUGCAACAAAUAUGGAGAAACUCCCCUGGACAAAGCCAAACCUCACUUGCGGACACUCCUUAAAGACAAAGCUGAGAAAAUGGGACAGAACUUGGCAAAAAUUCCCUUUAAGGACACAUUCUGGAAAGGCACGACGAGAACUCGACCCCGGAAUGGCACUUUGAACAAACACGCCGGCAUCGACCACCAACAGCUUAAGCUACUUGCUAAAAUUAAUGAAAACCAGUCUGGAGAGUUGUGGCAAGGGCACUGGCAAUCAAAUGAAAUUGUGAUUAAAGUGCUAAAGGUUCGCGACUGGACCAUGAGGAAGAGCAGAGAUUUUAACGAGGAGUGUCCUAAACUCAGGAUAUUUUCCCACCCGAAUGUCCUACCCAUGUUAGGAGCAUGUCAGUGUCCUCCCGCCCCUCACCCCAUCAUCAUCACACACUGGAUGCCUUAUGGCUCACUCUACAACGUGCUGCAUGAAGGCACUAACUUCGUGGUGGAUCAGACACAAGCAGUGAAGUUUGCUCUGGACAUUGCCUCUGGAAUGGCUUUUUUACACACACUUGAACCCAUGAUCCCUCGCCACUAUCUUAACAGCAGGAGUGUGAUGAUAGAUGAAGACAUGACAGCCAGGAUCAGCAUGGCAGACGUCAAGUUCUCCUUCCAGUGUCCUGGCAGGAUGUACUGUCCUGCAUGGGUAGCUCCUGAGGCUUUGCAGAAGAAGCCUGAAGAGAUCAACCGCCGCUCAGCGGACAUGUGGAGCUUUGCUGUCCUCUUGUGGGAGCUGGUGACCAGAGAAGUACCUUUUGCUGACCUGUCCAACAUGGAGAUCGGCAUGAAGGUUGCCCUGGAGGGUUUGAGGCCCACUAUCCCCCCGGGCAUCUCUCCUCACAUCUGCAAACUGAUGAAGAUAUGCAUGAACGAGGAUCCAGCUAAAAGGCCGAAGUUUGAUAUGAUUGUGCCCAUUUUGGAGAAAAUGCAGGACAAGUAAAGAAAAAAUAAAACAUAGCUCUAAUUAGCCCGGUUGUGACUUUUAUAUGGUGGUGUGGUGCUUACCAGUAUUGCCUUACACUCCCUUUCUACCACUGCAUUCAACGCCACUGUAGCUGCUGUUCCUGACACCAGAUCAGCUGCAGUCACUUCUUUUUUAAUUGUUUUUCCCCUUCUUUAUGAAUGAUAUUUGUAAUACUACCUUUGCAGCUGAUUUGUUUGUACUGUCGCCGCUAACCUUAAUUCGAGAUGGAAUAAAAUCUUUUUCCUUGUGACUGAAUGAACAAAAGCAUGAUGGUCCGCUGUUUCUAACAUGAUUUAGAAAUCUUUGUUUUUUUUUAUUUUUAUUUCCAAGAUGGAAUUAAAUCUACUAUCAAUCCAAAGAUUGGUUAGUGGGGAAAUGGUUUGGAGCAUGUUGGAAUGUAGUACUGGAAUCUUAUUUGAAAGAGUGAUGUGCUUGUUUGCUCGGAAAGCAGCAGUGUUUGUGCCUUGCAGCGUACAUGUGCAACAAUGACAAACUUUGCCCGUCUUACGCAUGGUUAAGCUUCCAGUUUAGCUCGCAGGCAGUUCAAAUCUGCAGUUUUUUUUUUCUUCUUUUGAUGUUCAAAAACUGUUGAAAUUGUAUUUUUAGGGCAAAACAAAUCUGCAAAUUUCGUUUUGUAUUGUUGCAAUGUGAUUUAGUGAGAUGGUUACAUUUGUUUUAACUUCUUUUUUGGGGUUCUAAGCAUGGUGAUCCUCUGUCAAAAUCCAGUUCAUUAGUGCUUAAAAUUUUAAACUGGGAAUCUCUUUUCUGUCAGGUAAUCAGAAUCAAUGCAGUGUUUCUUAAUCAUGGUCAGAGGUACAAAUAAAUGUUUUUUUUUUUUUUGUAGAGAGAAUAUGGCAAAUUAAGGGUUUAGUUUUUUUUGUUUCUAAAGUACCCAUACUACUGCUAUGUUUUUUACGUGUCCACAGACUGUUUUUCUUUGUAUUUUAUUAUAUAUUUUUUAAUAAUCUUUUCCUCUGUUACUCUCUGUGCCUCCACCAGCUUGCUUUGUUUGUGCCGACUCACAUGGCUAAAGCCAAAUUCAAGAAUGACUUAUGAAAAUGUAUGUAUUUAUAUAUAUGAGUAUAUUAAAAUGAGACAUAUGGAGAAAUGAAA